GGAUAGCAGGGAAGUCAGGGAGUGCUCAAGAUGGGGACAGGGGACAUUAGGGAUGAGUUUCCUGGGUCAGGAGGAGACAGCGAUGAGCAUCAGAAGACUAGAAACGGCUGGGAGGGCUGGGAAGCAGGAUGGGGUGGAGGUGAGCCUGGAACAAGAUGAAGGGGUGCAGAACUGCGUCUCCGCCCCGGCCAGUAACAGGCAAUUGCCUGUGGACCAACAUGUGCAGCGUCGCCGGGUCUCUCCGCUGCCCCUGCAAUGGAGGAUUACACACAGCUCCCGCUGGAUAGCGCAGAUGUUGGCCUCGGAGCUCAGCCUGAUUGCCUUCAUCUUGCUGCUGGUCAUGGUCUUCUCCAAGAAUUGGCUGUACCUCUCGAAGUGUCGGUUCUAUCAGCGCUGGCCCACGAAUGUUACCACCAGAAUCUACACGACGGCUCACAUCAUGUCCAUGGGGCUCCUGCAGAUCUGCAAAUCCAAGAGCUGUUCCAACUCAGAAAAUGGGAAAGUUUUCUUGAUUUUCUUCACCCUCAUACUGUUCCCUAUUAACGUCUGGCUCUUCGAGUUGAAGAAGAAUUUAUCAAUCCCCAUUGGCUGGAGUUAUUUCAUUGGCUGGCUGGUGUUUUUCCUAUACGUCACCUGUGCGGCCCUCUGCUACUUCAACCAUAAAAGGUUCUGGAGUCUGAUUCUGAGCCAUCCCUCUGGCACCGUGUCCUCCAGCAGCAACUGCAGGCCCAUACGAGACUCUCUGAAUGGGCAGACUGUCUCAAACACCACUGUCAACCAGGCGGAAGUCCUGGAUCCUGAGUGA